CCUUUAACUCAUUGUAAAAAAGUGAUCUCCGCAGACCCAACCUAAGUACGGAAGGUGAGCAAAGUCUGGUAAUAGUGCCUGAUCCUGGUGCCAAGAUCCAGGGUUGACACGAAAGCUAGCAGAAGCCGAUUUCCAAGACACCAACCCGAAGCUCAGGGUGUUGACUCUGGGGAGAUCCAAAACAUGAGCAUUAGAGAGUCAUUUGGUGAGUGCUUUAAUCGGGCUGUAGCCUGCGCGAAGUCUACCAUGUGCUUUUGGUUGUUUUUGCUGGUUUGUGUUACCAUUAUAUUUUUUUCGGGGGUUACUUUAUCUGGAGGGAUAGAGUACCAUGAGCCUCGCACAUUAUUCUCUCAGGCGACUGCUAACGCUAAUUCUAGUCGAUGUGGCUCAUGGGGAGAACUUGCUAGACAUAAGCGCGACACUAAAUCCCCUUUUGGUCAUGUUGUUUGUGUUCCAGGAGCCGUCCGUGUUCCAACCUGUGUACCAUGGCUUUUGUCUUGGGCUUAUAAUAACUCAUUAAUGUUUACUGUGGCUCCUAACACAUCUUCUUCUAUUAUUUUACCUUUGAAAAGUUUGAAAGGGUUUCGUAAUGGUCGCCCCACUACUGGAGAUAGAUGGCUCGGGUAUUGGUGGUAUUUAACUGGCCACCCGGUUAACACCGGCUGGGGCACCCUUGUCACCACGCAAAUGCGAGGGUAUUGGCCCUCUGGUUCCAGUGACGAGGCUGUGUUCUUUGCUAAACGAGUGACUUUGAUAAAUCGGGGCACAAGCCUCCUUUUGACUCUUACACUCCCUGACGGUCAUAUUCGUCCUCCAAAUGCCACCUUGUUUAACACUUCUUGUUGGGGUUUUCAACUGUGGGCUUGGUCCUCUGGAACCGAUCCUCGCUUUCCUAUUGCUAUUUGCCUUAAUAGAACAAUGUCGGUCGCAGACCGUCCCGUUACAAAUAAAUACACCUUGUCAGCGGGAGCAAAAAUCACAAGUACGCUCCUCACUGAUGUAGACAGCUAUUUUGUGGCCUCCACAGGGAUAAGCGGUCAUACUAACAACUGGCUUCUUAUGGCUGAGCAGGCCGCAAAGAUGGCUGGCGCUAGUUGCAUUGCGUGCAUGGGUCCCAGACCUCUUUUGAAAAUCAUACCUGCAAAUAUAGGCCCUAAGUGUGCUGUCGUUUUGAUGUUAGACUCGUCCAUUUCACCCACUCACGAUUGUUUUAGAUGGGAUACGGUUUACCCUGUUGCCCCUAUGACAAAGCAUAAACCCCUUUUUUCGUCUGUUGUAGCUAAGGGUAAUUUUACAUGCAUUAGAUUACCUGGUACCGGUGUGAAGCUCGGCGCCCUACCUGCUCCGUGGUGUGGGUCCGUGACCAAGGUCACGGCCCCUUUUUUGCCCAUUGCUCGUUGUGAUAUUUGGUUUUGGUGUAAUAGUAACAAACUUUAUGAUAGGUUGCCUUUCGACAGCGCUGGAAUUUGCGCUUUGGUAACCCUAUUGCUACCUGUUUAUUUGAUACCGAUGUCCUCUUAUGAUCUAACGUCUUUUGCUAAGUCCGUAGUGCCCAAAUUCUGGCCGAGAACGAAACGAGACGCCGAAUGGCGGGGCACAGCUAAUCCAACCUACAUCGACGCCAUUGGUGUUCCUAGGGGAGUGCCGGAUGAGUAUAAGCUGGUGAAUCAGAUAGCAGCUGGUUUUGAAUCCGCCCUGUGUUGGUGGUGUACUCUUAACAAAAAUGUUGACAGGAUUAACUACGUCCAUUACAACGUGCAGAGGCUUGGAAACUGGACCGAGGCGGGUUUCAAGGCGGUCCACUCCCAACUGGCCGCUACUUCCCUCAUGGCUUUCCAGAAUCGAAUGGCCCUUGACAUGCUACUCUCAAGAGAGGGCGGUGUCUGCGCCAUGUUCGCUGAGACUUUCCCGUUGCUCCUAAGGGAUGACCUUUCGGUCGACGGGGGUUCCUUCUCUAUUGACGACCCGGUCAGCGAAUCUGUUGUGGUUAACUUGUCCGAUUUGUUUUCUGACCCGGGCUUUGCCGAUUGUGACUCAGUUUCCUCCCGUGUGUAAGUUGGUUCCUGCGAAAUGUGAUCCCUUGGCUGAAAAUCUUUUUGAAGUGGCCAUAUGGGUGAUGGGUUGGUCUCCGGGAACUUAUGAUAAACAGGGGGGAAUUGUUAGAUAUAUUGUAUAUAUAUGUUAUCAUGCGUUCCCUAAUGAGUACUUAUUAAUAAGUUAUUGCGCAGAAUGCUUGCUGUUUCGCCUUGCAGACGUCCACCAGUCCACAACAAGUCAUACGAUGCUGUCUGGGGCUUCCUGACCUUCUACACCUCUGGGAAUCCAAGAAAGUUGCUGAUAGCUCAAUCUACUCUGUUGAUGUCUGCACAUGGCAUUCUGUCCUUGCACUCCUUUCCCAUGGCGUCCUGUCUGUAACUACUUGUUUAUGUCCUUGCGCUCCUUUAUUUUCUCAUGACGUCUUGUGAGCACUUGUUUUACAUAGCAUACAUAGCAUUUUGUCCUUGCGCUCUUUUUAUUUCUCAUGAGACUAGGCCAUGCUUUCCCCCCCACCUGUUAGGGGCUAGUCUCACAUUGUAGGCAGGGCAUCCCAAAAUAAAAAGAGCGAGGGGUGUGACAGAUCUUUAGUGUAUUUUGGACUGCUGUAAGUCUGGUUGCACUCCUCGCGAGAAAAGACUCAACA